AUGGAAGAAGAUCACUCUGUAUUAUCUGUAGACGAUGAUGACCAACGAAUCGAACCAGCAGACGAGGUAAUCAUCUCAUAUUAUCUGAAUAUGAUGAUCAACAAUGGAAAAUCUUGGCCUAGCCACUUUUUCCGAGACGUAUACGGGCACGUGUACAACCGGAAUCCAUGGAUUUUCUUCAAUGCUCAGAGCCCUAACUACUUGAUUUUCGUCCAAACCCGAACCGAGGCUUGUGGUAGAACCGAUGACGGAUGUGGAUCAGGUUGCUGGAGGAUCAUAGGUCGUGAUAAAGUUAUCAAGUCUGAGGAGACAGGGAAGUUUCUAGGGUUCAAGAAGAUUCUUAAGUUCUGUGAAAAGGAGAAGAACAGAUCAGAAAAGAGGAUUUGGGUAAUGGAAGAGUAUAGGCUCGUCAUUAAACGGAAGCAAAAUCAAGUGAUAUGCAAGAUUCGGCUUUUGCCCUCACGCAAAGUUAGUUCCUUGCUAGCCAAGCAUUUCUCUUUCCUUGAUAACCGAAACGAUUGGCUUAGCGAUUUCUUCGUGCCGUGGAGGCUUGUGCAUCCUCGUCAAAGCUCUUACCAACUACACAAGGGAAGCUUCUUCUUCGUUAACCGGAUAGAGAACUGUGGUAGAACCGAUGGUGAUCAUCUCGAAGAAGAACAAGAUUCUUUGUUUCAAGAGGGUUUUCAAGUUCUGUGA